AUGUUGAAGCUUUCGUUGUUGCUGCUAGCUUGUAGUACGCCAACCACAAUUGGUUUGACAUCUCCUACUAAUAAUAAUCAAGUGAGAAGAGAUUUCAUUGGCCUUCUCGGUGGCAUUGGAUCCUUCGUUCUACUUCCUGAUUCCAGUUCUGCGGCUUCUGCCUCUCAAGAGCAAAAGGACAAGGAUAACAUUGUUAAGGGCUACGAUCGACUACAGUACCUCUUAGAUAAUUGGGAGAAGGAAACCACCGUAUGUAGAACAGGACAGGAAACAACAUUUGGGGACAGAUGUGAGCGCACGCCACUCAAGGUUAUGGACUACCUUGGAUUCAAGGAUAUCAGGGACCCACUCUACAAGGCAGAUUUAACUAUGAUGCGAUUGAAGAACUUGGUUCCAGAUGAUAGGGAGGGUGAUUUUUAUGAAGCUAUGGAAGUUUUUAAUCAGAAUGCCGAAGAGGCGUCUAGUAUGGCAUUCAUUUCAAGUUGGGGUGAAGCAAAUCCUGGAGGCGGUAAAGAUCGAGUACAGGUGUUCAUUGAACGAUCCAAAAAGAAUGUUAUUGCAUCCCGAGAUAGUCUCAAGACUGUGAUUGAUGUUUUAAAGCUAUGA